AUGCUCGCCAUCGUAGCCCUCGCCCUCCUCUCCGCCGCGAGCGCGCACACCCCGCGCGACCUAGGCGGCUUCCUCCUCUCCCCUCAGCCCGAGCGUGCCCUCUCCCCCGCGCCGCGCGACGACCUGCCCGACUUCAUCCCCUUCGCGGGCGUGGACCCGAUCCCAGGCUACGACGCGACGAGCCCCAACGUCCUCUCGCUGGGGCUGGACAAGCGCCAGAGCUGCGGCAACUGGGGGAUGUGCGCCGACGGGGGGUGCGCGCCGUGGGGAUCCAAGUGCUGUGGUAAUCGGAUCUACUGCGCCCCGGGCUCGUUUUGUAACACUAUCCGCGGCGGCUGCUGCCCCAACGGCGUCGGCGUGUGCGACAAUGGCUCCUGUGCGCCGUUUGACGCGAGCUGCUGCAGCACGCGCGGAUACUGCGAGGCAGGGUACUACUGCACCACCGGAGGCUGCUGCCGCAACGGCCAAACGUGCAGCGGGUACGGCGGCGGCGUGCGCACGUCGACGUGGACGGUCGCCGACGUGACCUCGCAGACGUUUGACGAGAACACGGUGUACCGCACCUCGACCAACACGUACACUUACACGCGGGCGGAAACUACAACGUCCGAGUACGUCCCGCCGCCUGCGGAGGAGACCACCUCGUCGUCGGUCUACGUCCCGCCUGUGCCCACUACGACGUCGUCGUUAACGACGACGACGACAUCGACGACCCCCAUCGCUGCCGUCGCGAGCUCGGCGGCGGCCCCGACGAUGGCGCCCGGCAACUUCACGGUGCCGCCGACCACCUCCCACACCCUCGCUCCUUCGGCUACGGCGUCAAGGCCUGUGCCCAUUAGCGGCGCCGAGUCGCUCGCUGCUGCUGUGCUGCCGGUCGUGCUGGGUGUCUUUGGCGCCUUGGGCACGCUCGUGCGGUAG